AAAUAGCGAGCAACUGAGUCAGCUGCAGUGGUGCGCAUGUGCACGACGCCACAUCUAUAAUUCAUAGCGAAACUUCAGUUCGCCAGCGAUUAUCCGUAAUCAUACUAUUCAUCGAGAAAAUGCCAGGAGACUUCAUGUUGGCAGUGCUGAAAGUUUGCAACGCACACAACCGCAGCGAUGGCCACAAGGGUGAGUCCGAGGCAAAACCAACAGCAUUACGUCAAUGCGGACUACGUAAAAGACACCGAUUAUGUUGUUCGCGUCGCUAAAACGCUUCUGUCGCCCAUCGGAAUUUGGCCACGAUCUGGAGACAAUAGUCCUGCGAGUCGUUUCCUGUUCACCCUUCGCGUGAUUAUCAUUUUCUGCUUGAUGUUGUUCCUCUUGACGCCACAUUUCAUCUGGACCUGGUUUGUCGCUGACAAUCUGCGCAAACUUAUGAAGAUCAUCGCCGCGCAAGUUUUCAGCUCGUUGGCAGUGUUGAAGUUUUGGACCCUCGUCAUCAACAGGAAAGAUAUUCGUCACUGUCUCGAAGUCAUGGAAAACGACUACAAAACAGUCGAGACGGAGGAGGACCGCGAGAUUAUGAUGAAAAACGCGAAAAUCGGUCGGUUCUUCACCGUCGCUUAUCUCGGUCUCUCUUACGGUGGUGCAUUGCCAUAUCACAUAAUCAUGCCACUCUUGGAGCCACGCGUCGUUCGCUCGGACAAUACUACCAUGAUUCCGUUACCCUAUCCGAGCGAGUACGUAUUUUUCGUGGUAGAAUUCUCACCGCUGUACGAAAUCGUGUACAUCACGCAAAUAUUCAUCAGCGCCACCAUUCUAUCGAUCAACACCGGCGUUUAUAGUUUGAUCGCUUGCGUGGUUAUGCACUCGUGUUGUCUGUUUGAGGUAACGAGUAACAAAAUUGACAAGUGGCUUGCCAACUGGACACCUGGUCGUCAACCUUUCAGCGACGCUCUUACGAGGAGACUCGGUCAAAUCAUUGACUUUCACGUGCAAGCUAUCAAGUACGCCGAGACUAUGGAGAACGCACUCACACUAGUCAUGCUCGCAGAAAUGGGCGGAUGUACGCUGAUUAUAUGUCUACUGGAGUACGGAAUUUUGCUGGAUAUGGAGGAUGGUAAUUAUCUCGGCUGUGCGACUUACGCCAUGCUAAUGACAUCCAUAUUCGUUAAUGUAUUCAUUCUGUCUUUCGUCGGUGACAAAAUUAAGGAACAGAGCGAGUUAAUUGGCUUCUCCGCUUACUCGAUCGACUGGCUUGAGCUGCCGAAGGAAGUGAUACUGAAGGAUCUCAAGUUCAUCAUGGCGCGAGCUAAUCAGCCCACGAGAUUAACGGCCGGCAAGCUCUUUGAUCUCUCGCUUCAGGGAUUCUGCGAUGUCGCUAAGACUUCGAUGGCUUAUUUGAACUUCCUGCGCACCCUCGACAUCACAUAAUUUAUUUUUAUUCUCUUUGUAGCUGCCGUUCUUAUAUUCAUGUGAUGUAUUUCCUUCAUAAGUUGACAAAUCGAUAUUAUACUUAAUCUUGUACGGUAAUUUUUAUUUCAAUAUUAUAUUACAUACGUGAUAUUGAUUGUCAUGCGUGUAUUGCGGGUUGGUGGGGAGGUUGGUGCGCUUCGCGUGCUACGGGAAAAAACUUUGAGAAGGUUGUUGAUAUUGAUUGAUACUAAACAUCGGUUUACUCUUUUCUCUGUACCUAUUUUUCUUUUAAUACGAGAAAAGAUUCGAUGGUGUAUAAUCUAUCGUAAACGGUGUUUCUUUCGAGCUUGAUGGAGCGAGUUGCGCUUUUGUAGAAAUACAGUAAUCAAAAGUAUUAUUAUUUGUUACCCGCAAAACAUAAGAUAAUUUCGAAAGAUCGAUAGGAAACUUAUAUUUUCAGAAAACCAAGUCGGAAAUUUUUAUCGAAUUAUAACUUUACUCUAUCUUUUUUCUUUACCUUUGUAUAGUAUGAUGGAGACAAGUUAUAUAAAAUUUUUAAUAAUGAAAAUUCGAAGGAAAAAUCGUUGUUUGUAUUUGAUUUGUGAUUAUCUCUUUGAAAUAGAUUGAAAUGCUUAAAUUAUAUACCGGAAGUAGAAAAUCAUAAGCUUGCAUAAAGAAGGAAAUACCUGGGCUGAUUAUCAGUGCUGUUUUUCGAUUCUGAUUUGAUAGAAUCCGUUAGCGCAAACCAUAUUUUUCUGGUGGCAGUACCCAAAUUUUUAGUCGAGUGAUUGAUAUUUU